AUGAGUGGUAGGAAAACCAAUGAAGAGCGCCAGCAAGAGGUCGACCGCCAACUCGCGCUGAUGAAGGCUGCCAUCGGCGAUGAGGAUAUCUUCGACAGUGAUAGUAGUGACAGCGAUUCGGAUGAUUCUGGGCAGCUAAGGCAGCGCUCCAACACCACCCGAGACGCCGUCGCAUCAGCCCGCAGAUUCUUGAUGGAUGAUGAUGACGACUACGACGACGCAAUCGUGUUGGGGUUUCCCCGUCCAAUGACACCGAAAAAGUCACCAGCCAAAUUACACGUAAAAAUGGCAGCUGGCAUGGGCAAUCAAGGCAAAGGAGCCAGAGACUCCAUUUGGGAUUCAGUUCGGUCAGACGGCAGUGAGCAGUCACAACAGCCACAGUCUGUUCGUCAAUCUCUCUCCAAUCUCUUCCUCCAGAGCAAACGUCCCAGUGCCAAGCGUCUCGGUUCUCCUGGUAUUUGGAACGACGCCGACGCAACCGAGGGCGAAGAAUUCAUUCAAGAAAAUUCCAAAAGCAAGUUUUCCUACCUGGCUUGUAUGUGGGGCACCGUUCUUUGGCUCAUUGCAUUGGGGUCAUUGUUCGUUUUUGGAUACUAUAUUUACGACUUUGGCACGAGCUUUCAACAUGCACCAGCGCCAAUCGAAAGUCCUGCGGAAGAACAUUCCGAAGAUAGUAAAGCGGCUUUGAUGAAGCACGGAGUUCUUACCGAAGCCGUUCUAGAUGACCCCAACUCUCCCCAAGCAGCCGCUUUGCGAUGGAUAGAAGAAAAUUCCUCCCAAGCUUCCUCCAACAAACACAAUCCUUACUUGGCUCAACGCUAUGCGUUAGCGGUAGUCUACUAUUCGAUGGAUGGACAGCAUUGGACCAACUCUGAUGGUUGGCUUUCUAACGAAGGAUAUUGCAAGUGGUAUGGAGUCCAAUGUUUGGGCACCGAAGGCAGUAUCGAAAAGCACUUUGGCAACGGUCCUGUCUUUGAGUUGAACUUGUCUUCCAAUGAGGUGAAAGGUACGAUUCCUGUCGAACUCAACACAUUCAAAGAUCUCUUCUUUUUGGAUCUUCAAGAUAAUGCGCUGGAAGGAACGAUUCCUGAUGAGUUGGGUGGAUGGUCGGCACUUCGCAUGUUUUCGAUUGCUCACAACGACUUGUAUGGAAGCAUUCCGCCUACUUUGCUAAGUACCAGUGCCGAUCUUCGUGUGUUGAAUGCUGGACACAACGGCUUUACUGGUACGAUUCCACCUGAAUUGGGAACGGCUACCAAACUGAGGGAGAUUCGUCUCGAGUACAAUAGCUUGUAUGGUCACAUUCCCGACAGUGUGCGAGAUCUGGACCGGAUGGAAACCUUGCAUUUGGCGGGCAACAAAUUGGGCGGGUCUUUGCCCAGUGGCAUUUACGACAUGGCUCGGUUGGAAGCCUUGUACCUUCACGACAACUCGUUGACAGGCCACCUCUCCAACAACUUUGCCAGCUUGAGCCACCUCGAGCUUCUCACUCUGAACCAUAAUCAGCUCGUUGGUACUAUCCCGAACGUAUUUGCCAACAGUCGUCACCUUCAGGAAGUCCAUCUACACGGUAACGAGUUGUCUGGGAAUAUGCCCCGUUCUGUUUGCUCCCUUACAACGGAACACAAAUUGACCUAUCUUAGUGCGACCUGUACGCAGACGAAGGUGGAGGGUGAAAUGGGCGUCCACUGUGAGUGUUGUACGGACUGCAAGUAA